AUUAGAGCAGACUGAGAAAGGGGAAACAUCUUCCUAAGUGAUCAGGGCUUGUCUACAACUGGUCAGUGUUUCUCUGCCACAAUGUCCAAGGAGUGUGGAGAACACCAUGAAUUUCUGUUGCUUUUGACAAAAUAUCUGCAUCUAGAUUGUUUAUGUUGGCAGAUAUCACUGAAGCUAUUGAGUUUUAAGUGUUAAGCUCGGGUAUUUGAACUAAUUUGCCUGGUAGGCAGAUUAAAUAUUACUGUAUAAGGUUCUGCUAAGGAGUAAGGCAAUAGUUCCAGUGUUAAAUAAGUAACUUUUUCUUGAGGAAUAGAAUUUGACCAAUGAGAUCCAUGCACCAAAGAUGUGAGAACAAACAGUUAUGAAUGAAGACAAGGGACAUGGGGUGAAAGACUGCAAAUUGAGCUUAAAAACCUGGGGCAAAGGGCAAAACUUUGCAGCUUCACUCAGGCCACAAAACUUUCCCAGGAAGAAGUAUUUUAUUCAGAGUUCACCUGUGAUUAUGUAAUGGAAGAGGACAUCUGCAGCAAGCAAAUGUAGAACCUCUCUGCCUGGGAAGGUCAUGGAGCAGAUCCUCCUAGAAGAUAUGCUGAGGCAGGGAAAAGACAAGGAGGUGUUCCAAGGUGACUGAUUCUUUCAGUGUGCACCUGACUCUUCCCCUCACUGUCUGAUAAAACAUCUUUUAUCAUGAGAACACUUGUUAAAUCCUGGAUUCCUCAGUGUUUGUGGAUUCUCAGGUCACCUUCCAGAUCAUUCCAUGGAAACAACAGGCUUCUUACAUCUCAGAUUGUUUCCUACUAUGAAUCUAUAAACCAGUGUAAAAAGGAACUGCCAGAAUAUUUCAACUUUGCAAGUGAUGUCUUAGAUGAGUGGGCACGACUGGAAAAGGACGGAAGAAAACCAGCAAAUCCAGCUUUUUGGUGGGUCAAUGAUAAGGGAGAGGAGGUGAAGUGGACCUUUGAGGAGCUGGGCUCUCUGUCCAGGAAGGCAGCCAAUGUACUUUCUGGAGCCUGUGGUUUGCAGGCAGGAGACAGAGUCAUUGCAGUUCUGCCUCGUGUUCCUGAGUGGUGGCUCCUGAACGUGGCCUGCAUGCGAGCAGGAAUUGUCCUUAUUCCAGGAACAUCCCAACUAACAGCCAAAGACAUCUCAUACCGACUCCAGGCUUCAAAGGCCAAGUGUAUCAUUACCAGUGACACACUGGCACCUGCAGUGGAAUCUGUCCUGCCUGGCAGCCUGAAAAGUAAACUCCUUGUAGGCCAAGGGAGCAGGGAUGGGUGGCUGAACUUCAAAGAACUCCUUGUGGUUGCAUCUGCUGACCAUCAAUGUGUCAAGACAAGGAGUCAAGACCCAAUGAUUGUGUAUUUUACCAGUGGUACUACGGGCUUCCCAAAAAUGGUGGUGCACUCCCACAGCAGUUAUGGCAUUGGAUUUGCCAUCUCUGGCAGGUACUGGAUGAACUUGACUCCUUCAGAUAUAAUGUGGAAUACCUCUGACACUGGCUGGGCAAAAUCAGCCUAUGGCAGUGUUUUUGCACCAUGGAUCUGUGGAUCCUGUGUCUUUGUACACCAUAUGCCACAGUUUAAACCAGAAGUUACUGCAGAGACUCUCUCAAGAUACCCCAUCACCACCUUCUGCACGGCUCCCACCGCCUUCCGCAUGCUGGUCCAACAUGAUGUGAGCAGCUACAAGUUCCCGAGUCUGAAACACUGUGUGACUGGAGGGGAAGCACUGAAUCCUGAAGUGUUUGAUAAGUGGAAAGUCCAGACAGGGCUGGUUAUCCAUGAAGGUUAUGGCCAGACUGAAACAGUGACAAUCUGUGCCAAUAUGAAAGGAACGAAAAUUAAACCUGGCUCUUUGGGAAGAGCUGUUCCCCCUUACGAUGUGCAGAUCGUGGAUGAGCACGGGGCUGUUGUGCCUGCAGGAGCAGAGGGCACCAUUGCUGUGCGAGUGCGGCCCUGGCGCCCCUUCUGCCUGUUCUCCGAGUACUUGGAUAAUCCAGAGAAAACUGCUGCCUCUGUGCGCGGAGAUUUUUAUCUCACUGGGGACAGAGGCACUAUGGAUGAAGAGGGAUAUAUCUGGUUUGUGGGAAGAGCUGAUGAUAUCAUUAAUUCUGCUGGGUACCGCAUUGGCCCCUUUGAAGUGGAGAGUGCAUUGAUCCAGCACCCAGCAGUCUCAGACGUGGCUGUUGUCAGCAGCCCUGACCCAGUGCGAGGGGAGGUGGUCAAAGCCUUCAUUGUUUUAGCUCCUGCUUUUGUAUCACAUGAUCCAGAAAAAUUAAUUCACGAGCUUCAACAACAUGUCAAGAAGGUGACUGCACCUUACAAGUACCCAAGGAAGGUGGAGUUUGUUCAGGAUCUGCCAAAGACAACUACUGGGAAAAUCCAGAGAAAAGUUUUAAGGAGCAAAGAGUGGGCAAAUGUAUAAAAAGAGGAAGAGUAAUGUGGAAAAACAAGGACAGAAAUAUUCCAUUACAUGUACCAACCAUAGCGCAUCCAACAUGGCGAAUGUUUAUGACCCAGAACACUUGGAAACAUUGGGAAAAUCAAACUGUGGAAGAAAAAGUAGAAAACACUCAUAUGGCUUGAGGAUAUUGCUGUUGGAACCACUUUUGCCACUGACCAACAAAUUUUCUGGAGGAAGGACUUGCAAGUUAUUAGAGUGUGGAAUGGCAAAGAGAAAGGACAGACACAAGUACAUACAAAGAUUUCAUUUUAUUGGAUAUAAACAUAUCCAGUAAAAAAUAUAUAAACAUAUGCAUAAAUAGCUU